GGGAAAGUUGGCCCUGAGCGUGGCGGGCCUCCUACCAUAUAAAUAAGAGCCGGGGUGUCCAGGUGGCUUCUGUUGAUGCACCAUCCACAGGACACCAUGAAACUGCUAUUUCUGCUGUUGCUAGUGGGGGCUGCUGCUGCGGUACCACGCGGAGAUGGGAAGAUCGUUGGAGGGCAGGAGUGCGAGCCUCACUCUCGUCCCUACAUGGCCUCGCUCAACUACGGCUACCACUUCUGCGGUGGCGUGCUCAUCAACACGCAGUGGGUGAUGUCCGUCGCCCACUGCUGGUACAAUCCCUAUUACAUGCAGGUGAUGCUGGGAGAACAUGACGUGCGUGUGUUUGAGGGCACCGAGCAGCUCAUGAAGACCGACACAAUCAUCUGGCACCCGAGCUAUGACUACAAGACUCUGGACUAUGACAUCAUGUUGAUCAAGCUCUACCACCCGGUGGAGGUGACGGCGGCAGUGGCACCGAUCCCCCUGGCCACAGGAUGCCCAUAUGGUGGCAUGCACUGCUCUGUGUCCGGCUGGGGCAACACUGCCAUGGGAGACGAGGUCAACCUGCCCGUCCGCCUGCAGUGUCUGGAUACUCCCAUAGUGGAUGACGUGGACUGUGAGAACGCCUACCCCGGCAUGAUCACACGCAGGAUGAUGUGUGCCGGGUACAUGGAAGGAGGCCGAGGCGUGUGCAAUGGUGACUCUGGAAGUCCUCUGGUGUGUUUUGGGGAAGUCCACGGCCUAGUGUCGUGGGGUCAGGCCUGUGCUCUGCAGAACUACCCCGCCGUCCACGUCAAGGUGUGCGAGUACGUGAACUGGAUCGAGGAAACCAUGGCGGCCAACCCCUGAAAAAAGUGGCCCGGUCUCCCGAUCCCCACCUCCGGUCUCUCUCCUCCGUCCUUCCUCUUCGAUCUUUCUUCCUCCACUGCUGCUAGAUAAGUCUUUCUAGCGCCGCAGCUUUUUUCCCUCUCGUGCCUACUUUCUUCAUCAGAGUACCACGUUUUCUCUCGCUCACAAAAUCUGUCUCUUACACCAAGAGUCCACGCGGAGAUGAACAGAUUUCCAGAAACAAAAUAAAUCCAGAGGUUACCUGUU